AUGGAUAUUUGGAAAACUUUCUUUCUCACACAUUUAGACUCUUUGAAGCUCUUAGAAGAUAAAAAUUGGUGAAGCCUUACUCAAGAUGACGAGAUUUGGAUGAUAAAAGCUAAAGCAGUUUCAGGAAAUGACGGCAGUGCUUCAUAUGCUCUCAUUUUAACAAAUAUGAGGGAUACCUAUUUUUCAUCAGCAGGGACAACACAAAUCCAGCAAGAAAUAACUGUAUUUUCUAUUUAGCAAUAUAACCCCAACAUUCAAGGUGGCAUGGCUGGCUUGGUUAAUAUGCUGAAUACAAUUAUAAGUAAAAAAGAUCCUCAAUCUACCUACAAAAUCAGAAUUGAUCAGAAUAGUGCCGAAUUCGAAGCAAAGAAAACUCUCAGUGCUAUCUAUGAGUUUAACUGAAAAUUCUCUGCUAUUCAGCUUGAUGAGGACAUUUCUAAACGAAUUUUAUCUACCUUGAUGGUCAUCCCUUUAUGCAAAACUGUAGUUGCGCAAGAUUCUCUUAUAAAGCAAUUAGAAGACCAAGCUGGAGCUAGAAGAAAUGCAGUUGAUAUGAAAUUGUUUGUUCCUAAAAAUAUUGAAGAAAUUCCAUGUCCAGAACUUGCACAGCAUACAGUGGCUGCUCUUAAUGAGUCAUAUGCACAGCCAGUUAGAGAAAUAGAAGGGUAUGUUCGAGUGGAAAAUGAAAGGAAGAGGAAAUUUAUAGAGGAAGCAAAAGAGCCAAUAAAAAAAUUCAGAGCGAAUUCUCCAAAGCCUCAGCAAAAGAGCAAAGUGGAUUAUAAAGAGAGUGAAGAAGAAGUGAGAAGAAAAAGAGAGCUUGAAAUAAAAUUAGCUAUGGGGAAAAAAGGGAAAAAGAAAUUAGAAUUUGUUUAA